AUGAGACUUCGAAGUGAAGAAAUACUUGGCAAUAUUGCGUUGGGACGAAAAAUGAGUAAGCAACAACGAAGAAAAAGAAAUGCGAAGAAUGCUAGCAGCGCUUCAGCCCACGGGUAUCUAUCUCAAGGAGGGGAGACUUUUGUUGGUUUGACACCUGAAAUGAAUAUUUUCGAGGUUGCCAGCAACAAUCGGUUACAUUAUGCUUCUGAAAUUGACGAUGAGACGAGAAUUGUGAUGAAGAAGUUGACGAAAAAGGAUUGUCAGACGAGAGAGAAGGGAUUAAAAGAGUUGAUGAAUCUGGUUACGACAGAGAAAGGAUCGAUAGAGAGCUCUUAUGAACACUUUUGUGGUCUUGUUCCACAAUUGAGCACGGACGGAAGUCCUUCUGUAAGACUGCUCACGAUGAAAAUGAUCUCGUUGUUUCUGAUUAAACUGAAAAAGUCAGCAAGUAAAGGAUUGAAGAAAAUCAUCCCAAUGGUGCUCUUUGCCAAAUCCGAUGUCACCAAUGGUGUCGCUGCUGCUGCGAAUGCAGUGAUUCGAGACGGAUUCGAUGCUGACAAGAAACAACAAGUCAUGCAACUAUUCGCCCCGAUUACUUUCGAUAUCGCAGCAAGCAUUGUUCAAGGAAAACAUGAUUUGGCGGCUCCGAUUGAAUAUGACGCUUCAGAAGAUAAAGAAGCACGGAAGUCAAGACUUGAGACUCAAUCUCUUCACGUUUUCCUAUCGUAUACCAAAGAAAUGGGAUCGGAAUCUAAUAUUUGGGAAGAAUAUGCAAAAAAGAUCUUUGAGAAUUCGGAUUAUAUCAGGAAAGCAUUCGCUGGAAAAAGAGAAACAUUGAAAGUUCAACUUCUGAAUCUUUGCUAUAAAUUCCAGAAUAAUGUUGAUAUAUUGCUGAGUAUUCCAUCAAUUAUUCCAUAUAUGCAAAAAAAUUUGGACGUUCAAACGAUCACUCCAGAAUGCGCAACUGCUUGGGAAGGAAUGAUUUUGUUGUUGUCAAACGAGAAGUUCCAAUCGGCAGUUUCAUUGCAAAAAGGAAUAUUCCCACGUUUUCUGAAUGUGAUUCGAAAGAAAGGAAAUCAUUGGAGAGUUCUCAAACACUAUCUCCUCCCCGCUAUUGUUACACUUCUCAAGGAAAUGAAGAACCCAGUUGACGAUCUGAAACCAUUGAAGUCAAUUAUGGAGAGCUUUGUUGAUAACUUGCCAUGGGACACAGAUGUUUCGUUGAAUGCAAUCCACUGUUGGUUCAACACAUUCUCUGACUUCGUUCGUUGGAUUCUCUCAAAUGACCGUGUCAAUCUGGAAAUCUGGGAGACUCUCAGCCCGUUGAUUAUCAAAAUUACGGAACAAUCUAUGAUGUUUGGAACUGCAGAAGCCACUGAAAGUGUUUCUGAACUUCUUCAUUGGAUUAUUGAGAGAAAGAUACUCGCCGAGACAGAUUUACAGAAGCUUUUGGAGUCGAUUGAAACAAAAAUAGCCGAAGUUGGAAAAGAGAAAAGUCGCCAUCUGAGAGAUUCAUUGACAGCUCCUGGAAAGAAUGUGGAAUUGUCAGGAUUGCAUGCAAAUCUCUUUUCAAGCCCAGAACUUGCUGAUUUUAAUAUCAUUAAAAAUCUUGCUCAAUCUGAAAAGAACUAUUUUGAUGCAACAAUCACCAAAAUCACAAGCUUUUCCGCCAUCGAGAACACCGAACAAUUCGAUUUGGCACAAGCUUCUGAUGUUGUUCAAUUGAUUUCUUUAAUUCUUGAUUCCAACUGUGAAAAUCUGAAGAUUAGCGUCAAGAAUGAUUAUGUUGGACGUCGACUCUUACUGAAAGGAGACUCAAAAAUAUGGGAAAACUUAUUGAAACAAGUUCCUGUCACAGUUUUCCAAGAGAUGAUCAAUUAUUGGCAUGAGAAAAGAAAUGGUAAAGCCAUAGCUGAAGCUGUGAGCUUUUUGAGAGAGAAAGGAAUCGAACUAGAUACGAAUCAAGCUGCUGAAAAUGUUGAUUUCCUCAUUUCUCUUCUACAAAAGUUGAAAUCCAGUGAUUCCAAUGGAGAUGAGAAAUCGAUUGUCUCGAAAUUAUUCGCUGCGAUUUUCGAGUCAGAUGAGGAACCGAAACUGGAACAUUAUCAAGGAAUGAAGGAAUAUUUGACAGCUGAUUUCAAUGCGGAUCACUUCUUCGAAAAGUUAUUUGCAAAUAGUGAGGAGAAUGAUAUUGAGAGGAUUCUGGAAAUUGCUUCUCGAUUUGAUAAACUUAUUGAGUUGUGUGAAGAUAAGACAAGAUCGAAGAUUGUUGAGAACUUGCUUCUUUCGAAAGGAAACUCUGACAUUAUGAUUGAGAGACUCAGCUUUUUGGAGUUGGAAGUUCUAACAUUCUCACAGUACGCUACGGUCAUCCCUGCUCUGCUCACUCGCCAUGUAGACCAUUUGGAUGAACAGGAAACCAAGAAACUCGUGACUGAAUUCUCGAGAAUCGCUCUCUUCAAUUUAUCAUCUCGCUAUCACACUGCAACACAUCAAGUAUUCGGAUGGCAAAUGAUCAGUGUGAUAUCAUGUGUAGAACAAAGAUAUUGCCUAUCGAAUCUCAACGAAGAGCUGAAGAAUAUGAGAGAAGAAAUCAGAAAGCGAGUCAAUCGAUCGGAUGAAGUUCAGAAUAGCUCAGGAAUCAGUGGUUUCUUUGCGGAUGGUUAUGAAUUGUCCAACGAAGAAGAAAAGAAAUAUUUACGCAGUCAAACGAGUGAAGAAUCACAAAAUGAAUCCCCACUUUCACCGAUUCAGUUCAUGGAGAAAGUGUUCAAAGGAACGGAAUCUGAGAAUGAGUUCCAGAUCUUCCAGUUUGAUACAUCCAACAACACCAACUGGCUUAUAAAUCUGAUAUACGCAAAGCGUUUCAUUCAAUGCGGUGGCGACAUUUUCUCUGCUGAAAACCUGGAACUUCGUGAUUUCUCUCUUUGUGGAAUUGUGACAGUGUUGGAUAACUCCACUGACAUCCUCACCACCUCUCCACACGCUUUCGAUGAGGAUCCACGAUUGGAAGCAUUAACUGCUCUCUACAUGGACCUCUACAUGGUUUUAACAGAGUCUAUCAAAAGUGGAAAUCAGACGAAGGAAACUGUUGAAGAGUGGGAAGAGUUCUAUGCGCCAACCAUCAAAAAUUACUUUGUUCGCAUGUUCCGAACGGUUCGAAAAGAUCAGCAGCCUACUCCUUUCGUCAGAACUCUGCUGAAAGCGUUGCUCUCCAUCUCGACAUUCCCAGCUGACGUCCCGAAUGAUAAUGUGACAGCGAGAGAAUUCGUUCCAGAACUCUCCGUUUUCAAGUACACUCCGUUUGAAGAAUCGUGUAUUUCUCAAGCUUUUGGUCUCUUCCAAUCGGGUAUUGAGCAUGUUCAACUCAUUGGAUACGCCGUGUCAAAAUUAUUAAUGCCGAUCAUGUUUAACACGGAAAACCACAAAGCACUAGAAGAAUCGGAUGAAGCAGAAGUGAAAGUGUCAAAUCGACCAAAACUUGCUCUUCCUGUAAUGCUCUCCAAAGCAUACCCAGUUGAUCAUAAUCAUCCACACGUUGGCCCAUUGCUACUCGAUCUCGCGUUGAUUCCGCUUGAAUCAUCUGAUAUCAUCAACUUCAGACAAGAACAAAGAGUAGCAUACUGUGAUGCUAUCGAUCCAUUCUUCAAGAAUGCGCUAAACGCGUUGAUGUUGGAUCAACCAUUCGAGUUCCAACAGAUGCCGAUCACUUGUAGAAUUCCAAAAUUGAAAGAACGAGAAUACUAUCUUCAAACGGAUUACACCGCUAGUCCAGUUUUCUUUGACAAAUUCGCCUCGAGACUUCUCUUCAAAUCCAUCACUCUGCUACCUGCAGCUGUUCGAUAUUUCCAUAAAGGAAUGCCCAAGAGCUACGUGUCAGUUUUUUAUGAAGUUGUCACAAAAUACGCCAGCCGCCUACUCGUUGAGAACGAACUUGCUAAAGUUAGCGAUGCGAAAUUCGAAGGAGAGAUGAAGGUUCGAACUGUGCCAGUUACUGGUCAAAUCAUUGCCGAAUAUAUUGUGGAGGAGACUAAAAUGAAGUUGACUAUCGAGUUGACCCCAGAUUACCCUCUCUCGGUACCGAAUAUGACUAUUGACAAAGCUAUCGUGAAGAAUGAUAAAGCGAAGAAGUGGCUUAUGCAGCUGAAUGCAUAUCUGUUCCAUCAGAAUGGAGCGAUUCUUGAAGGAAUUGAAAUGUGGAAACGAAAUGUGGAUAAGGGUGUUGAAGGAGUUGAGGAUUGUACGAUUUGUAUGAUGACAGUGCAUCAACAGACUCAUCAAUUACCUAAAGUUAGAUGCAAGCAAUGCAAGAAUAAGUUCCAUUCGAAUUGUUUGUACAAAUGGUUCGAGUCGAGCAAUCAGUCAAGCUGCCCGCUGUGCCGCAACAACUUCACUUAA